AUGCAAGCAUUAUGGCCAUAUAACAGUAACACAAACACUGGGAAUCUACCAAAUUAUAGGCAUAUCACAUGGGAUAGGUACUACGUCAAUGAACACUAUGAUAAACACGUUAACGUUAGUAGCGGUGUGGCGGCUGGUGUUACGAUCGGAAUAUUUUUUAUCGUUUUUGUGCUCACAUUUGGAUGUAGAAUCUACAGUCAAUAUGUUGACAGGGGACAAGGGUCCAAUUCGAAUCCACAAAAUGGAGAAACAAUAAUGAGUGAAUCAAUAGCAUCCGAUAUGUGGAUAUGUGGUCGACCAUCUGAACCCCCACCGCCAUAUGAAAUCGCCAUUUUUAUGCCAACUACUUCUCCAUGCAGUAGUGUUGUUAAUGUGUGA